AUGAAGACGAAAAACCAAGUCACCGGAUGGACUGGACUUCAGAAAGCCAAAGAAGUCCUUGAUGAGAUCCCGGAAGGAGUGGAUCUAAUUGAGCAUCUCUUCGCCAACCUGGACAGGAAAGAGAAAAUGAUGAAACUCCAGGAUAAACUAUACGUAAUCGAGAACAUCAGCUCGGAAAGCUGGGAAAGCUGCCUUGGAAUCAAGACAGAUACCAAGCCUGCAGCGAUGUCUGGCCCUGGCUUGGGAAAGGGCCCGCAGCAGCAGGAGGAGGAAGAGGAGAAGUUGUGCUCGAUCUGA